AUGGCUCUAGUUGGAAUCGACGAAAGAACAGUGAAAACUCUUCGAAGCGAGCUUCGUCAGCUGAAACAAGAAAAGACAGUGGAAUUACCUAUUGACACUCGCGUCGAAGAGCCACCAACUACCCCUCGUCUUCGAACGCGAUCCGCUGUCGCCGUCUCACCACCUGUUGCAGUAUCGCCAUGGGCCACCGGAAGCCGAAAAGUGAAGCGGGCCUGGUCGGCCAGUCACGUCGCUGCUACAACGACCAUUGAAGUUCCCACGCCUCCACCACCGCAAAAGAAAGGCUGUUCUGCUCGACGGAGGGUUGUCUUGAGUGAAGCCGCUGAUGUCAUACGUUUGCAUUUCGCCCGAAUUCUCGUAAGACAAAAUUCUUUAUUAUCGAUAACGGGGUGA